AUGUCCGGUCCCUCCAACAACAUUGCUACCUACGAGCACCUCCAACGCGAGCCGGCUUCCAGGGACCUCUUCAGCAACAGGAUCACACGACUACAAGGUCUACGCAAUGCGCUCAAGGACUCGGCUUUCCUCGUGAUAGAUACAGAACAUGUCGCCAUCACGAACGAAAAGGACCGCAUCCUCCAUCAAGUCGGUCUCGCAUAUUUCCCAGCACCGGCACCAGAUUCAACGACGUCACCCAAUACCGACCGCCCGAAUCUCCGAGACAUUUGCGCAGCGAAGCAACUUAAAGGCCUAACUCUCAACAUCAAGAUAGACCAAGGCAGACAAGACGGUCUUGUUCGCACUGGGGGGCAUCUCGGCAUGCCAGUUCGCCGCGCUCAUCGCUUUGGCCAGGAGCGACAAGUUGACCUCGAAGACCUCGAAGCUGCCAUUCUGGAUUUCAUCCAGAGCUGCGACAAGAAGGCAAACCUCGUGAUGAUUGGGUUUGGGAUGGCAGCCGAGUGGGAAUACUUCCCGCAAGCGAUGCGCUUCUUUUCAGCCUGGGCGGAUCUUCGUGACAUUGCCAAAGAUAUAGCGCCACCUGGCAGGGGGGAUCUCGGCGGUGGCGUUGCUGACAACGCCGGAGAUGAUGCCGUGGCCACUUGCGCUCUGGCUGGUGCACUUCUCCUUCCAGAAAACCAGCAGAAGCUCAGGCUUCGACAAGAAUGUGGCCGUAUCGCUGGAAUUUUCACCAAGAAGAAGGGUUUCCAGGUCCCUAACAGCAAGGAGCAUCCUUUCACCGCAACGAUCCGUUCCCAAGGGCCACUUCCACGCUCUCAAUUCAGCGAUGAAACUGGCCCGUCGGUUCUUUAA